ACAUGAGAUUUAGUGUUAAGGCCGGGUCUGACCCGAUCCAAAUUUUUUUAUCACCUCCACUCAAUUGAAAAGAGCUCAAUUUGAAUCUAAAUGACCGAUUGCCACUUUCAGCUCCACUCUAUAUUGCUGUGAAUUUCUGCUUUCUGAAGAUUAAAACUGCAGAGUAGCGGGAGAAUGCUUAAAUUUCGCAGCAGCUUCAAUGGCGUCCAAUCUCUCAACUUCUCCUAUGGUUUUCAUCUCCUUCUACGCUAUUCAACUUCAGCAUCAAUUUCUGGAGAAGCCAACCCUAAUUUCGCGAAUUACUUUGUUGAAUGUCUAGGGUUUUCCAGGCAACAUGCUCUCUCCACUUCCGCUAAGCUCGCUCGUUAUCGACAUAUCCGAGGUUUCAAGAAGGUUUGUGAGUGUAACUCCAAUUUCAUUGAAAAUGCUAAUUCAGUUAUUAAAUUUCUUAAACAAAUUGGUUUGGAACAAUCUCAUGUACAAGAUGUUAUAAUUUCUAACCCUAGAAUUUUGUUUUCUAAUGUUGAUAAAACCCUUAUGCCUAAGAACGAGGUUUUUCUAAAAAUGGGGUUUUCUAGGUCCGAUGUUAUUGAUGUAGUCAAAGUUAAUCCUUCUAUUUUUUUCGCCGGUUCUAUUAUUGUUCCUUUACUUCAAGCUUUGAGGGAGAUUAUGAGUUGUGAUUCCCAUGUCAUUGAUAUUUUGAAGAAAUUGCGCGGUAUGAGGCUUCAUGGUAUUUCUAAAAAUUUUGUGCCAAAUGUAGCUUUGUUGCAGAAUUAUGGGAUCCCCAUUGAAUCAAUCCGGAAAUUCAUGCUUAGAAUGCCAUUCACCUUUUCCCGGAAACCCGAUAUUUUUGAGGAUGUAGUGAUUAGAGUUGAGAAAGAUUUAGGGAUUGCUCGAGACUCUCCUAAAUUCUUGUUGGGGAUACAUAUGCUAGCCUCUGUUAAUAAGGAGACGUUUAACUCGAAAAUAGAAAUGUUUAAGAGCUUUGGGUGGACUGAGUCUGAUGUUUUAGCUCUUUUCAGAAGACAGCCUUCCUGUUUUGGGUUAUCUGUUGCAACAAUCAAGAAGAAGUUAGCUUUUUUUAUGACUGAACUGGGUUAUCAGCCUGAUUCUUUAAUAUCGUGGUCCUUGUUGUUAACUUAUAAUUUGGAGAAGAGAAUGGUUCCAAGACAUAUGGUGAUCCUAGCCUUGAAAGAGAAAGGUUUGAUACGGAUGGAUUACCCUUUUCAUAGUGCCACGUCCUUGUCUGAGUCUCGGUUCUUGGAGAGGUUUGUGCUUCCAUUCAAGGAAGUCCAUGAAUAUUCCAAACAUGUAGGUCUUAGCAUGGAGGUGCUAACUCAGACACUACUGGAAAAUAAUCCUGAUCGUGCCUGAUGAAAGGUGCUCAAAAGCUCACCUUAAUAAGUGAAAGCUGUAUGUUCUUUGGUCAAAAGACUCAAAACUUCAGAAGAUGAGUUUCAAGGUCUGAAGACUCCGGAAGAUGAUGAUUCCCAGCUAUGUCCGUAAUGCUCUACAUUCCCAGCAACUUGUGAGAAUGGUAGCAUUGAUCGUCAACUUGUAUUAAUUUUUAAUCCAUCCAGAUGUGAUGUUGCUUGUAGUUGUGUCUUUUCAUGCAAGGGGUGACCUUGUUUGAGAAUUGCUGGUUAUUGUGGUUUCCACAUUUCAUCUGUUGAGGGUGAAUAAGAAAGAAUAUAUGGAUAUUCUUCAAAAAAAACAAGAAAGAAUAUAUGGAUAAAUUUGAGGGCUUGGAGCCUUGGAUGCUGUUGAAGAUUUGAGCAUCUCAGCAAAAACUCUAUGUUUUGCUGUGAAGAUUAGUCAGUUUUCAAGGGAUAACCUGGAAUAUUAAAGAUGGUUGUUCUCUGGGUAAACAUUUUCGUUUUCGUUUAAUGUUGUAUUAAUAACAAAUUUUUUAAUAAGUGUAAAGAUUAAUAAGUGAAGGCAAAAGUAUUAUUAUAUGGAGUGUUAAAAUCUAAUUUAAUAUUCCUCAGAAAAAAAAAAAAAAAAAAAAAUACAUAAAAAUAAAGGUACAAUUUCAUAAGAAAAUUAUGCAUGAUUUGAGUUUUUUAAUUAGCAUUUACAUGUUGUGCCCUUACAAAUUUCUAGUUUAACAUUCUUCAAUAUCAUCUUUGGGGACAUUUAUAUAUAAACUAGUUUUGUGCAUCGUGCGCUACCCGGGUUGUUUAAAGAAUUAAGACAAAACAUUAAAUCCAAAUUUUUUUUAUUAUACAAAAUAUAUUUAUGUAAAUCCUACGCGUUAUACUAUAUCCAA